AUGCUCAUGCCCCGUGUGAACCCAUGGAGGUUGCCGCGCCGAUGUAAAGGCCGAUACCCUCGUUCCCCACACGGUGAGCAAGCCAAUCGCGAGAAGCCUGAGCCUGCCGCCCGGAAUGAGGUAAACACAGCCGACGGUCGUGAGCAAUAUCGCAGUUGUGACAAGAUUAUAUUCAAAGAACCACAACUGCGAGAUGUCCACUCCGAGACUCCGAGUCGCCCUACUACCGGCAGCCUCUUCGGCAUGUCCUCAGACAGCAGCUCCUCCAGCUUCUUCUCGGACGGUAGCUCCAUCGGCUUCUCCUCGGAUGGCAGCUUUUGCACAGCAGUUUCUCUGGCACGUCCUGGACAGGUAGCUCCUCCACGCCAACUGAUCGUUCGGGUGCGUAUCCCGCACCCACCAGUUGCUCCUCCAGUGCGCCUUUGGCAGGCGGUUCCUCCGGCGCGUCCUCGGCAGGUAGGUCCUCCCUGGUAUCCUUCUCCAGUGUGUCCACGGGAGGCAACUCCCCCGGCAGACUUGCAGCUCCUCAGGAGCUGCCUGCCGGAGGAGCAAGCAGCUCCUCCGGCGCGUCCUUGGCAGGCAGAUCCUCCGGCGCGCACUCAGCAAGCAGCUCCUCCUGCGCGUCCUCGGCAGGCAGCUCCUCCGGCACGUCCUCAGCAAGCAGCUCCUCCGGUGCGUCCUAGGCAGGCAGUUCCUCCGGCGCGUCCUCAGCAAGCAGCUCCCCCGGCGCGUCCUCGCUCCUACGGCGCGUCCUCGACAGGCAGCUCCUUCGGCGCGUCCUUGGCAGCUCCUCCGGUGCGUCCUCGGCAGGCAGCUCCUCAGGAGCUGCCUGCCGGAGGAGCAAGCAGCUCCUCCGGCGCGUCCUUGGCAGGCAGAUCCUCCGGCGCGCACUCAGCAAGCAGCUCCUCCUGCGCGUCUUCGGCAGGCAGCUCCUCCGGCACGUCCUCAGCAAGCAGCUCCUCCGGCCGCUUUUCCAGUGGGUCCUCGGCAGGCAACUUCACCAGGGUAUCCUCGGACGGCAGCUCCUCCGGUGCGUCCGCGGCAGGCAACUACUCCAGGUUAUCCUCGGACAGCAGCUCCCCCGACGUGUCCUCAGCAGGCAACUCCUCCGGCAGACCGAUACCUACCAGAUCCUUGGGCAGGCAGCUUCUCCGGCAGUCCGAUGCCCACUUUAUCCUUGGGCGGGCAUCCCACGCCAACUGGUAG